CAACAUAUGGGUUCUAACAUGCUGGAAAUUCUUGUUGAGACCCAAGUAUUGUAAAGUUCAUCAGAGUCCUCUGGGUUAAUCGCAAGGUUGGUUACUGGGAUUACAAAAAACGUUCAUGUUUGGUCAUUAGAAAUAUUUAAUUCUAUUCGUGGUCACUAGAUUUAGUAAAAUGGUCCAAGUUUGGUCACUCUCUAUUAGUCUCUGUUUGUCUCCGUUAACACCGUAAGUUAAUUGCCGACGUGGCUAACAAAAAUGCUGAUUCAUCCCAUUUCAACCUGCCACAUCAUAAAGUCUGACCCGACAUGUCACUAAAUCCGCCAUGUCAGAUUAUUAUUAAUCAUUUAAAAUAGAAAAUAAGAAAAGAAAAAGAAAAAACCCAACUUGGAUUCACAUCUCUCCAUCUUCCUCUCUCAGCCACUCUCUAAUGUAGAGAGUAAAAAGAAAAACCAUCUUUGAUGCAGAGCUUCUUCUCGAUCUUCUCCUCUUCUUCCCCAUCUGUCCAUCUUCUCCUCUUUCUUCUCCAUCCAAAUGCGAUACAUAUUUUGGCCUCCCCUUCACUUGAUUGGCAUACAUCAAUAUCAUCGUCGUCACCUGGUACUCUACUCCUCUUCCUUGAAUCUGCAGCAACGAUCUCACUCCCUCCUCCUUCAUCGUCGGAUUCAUCUGACGAUGGCGGAAGUCCAGAUGAAAAACUCCCGUACGCGGAACCAGAUCGAGGAGUUGACACUUGCUGCCUCUCACCUCCCUAUUCUUCUCCUCUCUGCUGGAGGGAUUCGAGGAGCUAUGCCCUCCCCUCCCAACAGGGAAAACAGAGGGACAAUGAUUCAGGGACUCUGCUGCUAUCAAAUCUGAGCCUCUGCCGGAGAAAAAUGAAAGAAACAAUGGCUACGAAAGUUCAUUUUGGUCCCUGCCCCAAAGCCCUUCCCUUCCCUAUUGCUAUUCUCCUCUAUGCUUCUUCUCUUUUCUUUGAAUCCUUCCCCUCCGUAUCCUUUUGCAACAAGGUUCUCCUCCCUCUAGUUUUCCACUGCCUCUCAUUCAUUACAACAUAACAGAAGCCUUCCCGUCUCUUUUCCCUAGCUUCCUUCUAUAUGAACAUCAAAUCUCCCUCUUUGUCUCUCUGGAGGCGAUGGUCAUGCUUCGCCGCCUCUUCACCAUAACAAUAAUCAUUUAUUCUUCAUAGCGUUGAUUAUAACGGCGACCGGGUGAGGUGCCAUCUGGAGCUAGUUGUCGAAGGGAGCGAAAGAAAAAUGAAGAACUAGAGAGAAGAUUGUUUUCAGAUCUGGAAAGGAAAAUGGGAUAGACCCUAUUUUGUUUGAGUAGGUUGGUUCAUGGGUCGGGUUGGUUCAAAGUUUGGGUUGGGCUUGAGUUAGACGACAUGGCGAGUUUAAUUGAUGUGGCAGCUCAGGUUUCAUCAAUUUCAUGUUAAAUUAGGCUGACCAGGUGAUUCCGUCUGCCACGUCAGCACAUAACUGUCUUCACUAACGGAGACAGAUGGAGACUAACGGAGAGUGACCAAAUUUGGACUGUUUUACUAAAUAUAAUGACUAAGAGUGGAAUUAAAUAUUUCUAAUGACCAAAUAUGAAAGUUUUUUUUUUUAAUCCCACUGACCAACCUUGCAAUUUACCCGAGUCCUCUAGUACCGAAAUCGCAUCAUCCACAAAGCUAAAUUUGUGUUUGAUCUUUCAUUUCCACCUCCAUAGAUUCUCUAAAAUAAGUAAUUGUAGUAUGUAAGUUUGAAUUCGAAGACUAGGAGAAAGGAAUUCACUCUGGGCAAGGCAUUAUUGCCUGGGUCUUCAAAUGGUGACCCAAAAACCUCCACCAAAGUCCUUCACGAUCUUCCUUAGUGAAUCAUCACCUCCAGUUUCCAUGGCAAGCUAGAGAAAUGGAAUUGAGAAUCCAUACAAUAUAAAGAUAAAAAGAGGAAGGAAAGGAAGGUAUCAAACCCGACAGGCUCUUGUACCAAUAUGAGUAGGCCAAGUUUUUAUUAGGAUAGUGUUACUGGCCACCUGGAUUUGUUUUUAAAUUAUGGUGAUGUGGCAAAUUUGGAUGUUGUUAGAAACUAUGUUUCUAACAGGUUUGUGACUUGGAUCGAUAUUUGGGAUUUUAAAGAUUAUAGAAGAGAAUUGAGAAUUUAGCGAUUAGAAGAUAGAAAGAGGGAUUCAUAUUGGAAAUUUGGAGAAUAAUAAGAAUAGAAUAGAGAAUCGGUCGAAGUAUUGGAUUGAGAAAGAAAAGAAAUUAGGAGUUGAGAGAAAUUAGGUCAACGAGAGAUACUUUUAAUACUUUCUUAUUGAUUCCUUAUAACGCAAAUCAAAGUACAUAUUUACAGGGAAUACUAGGAAACCCUAGUAAUAAACCAUUAACCCUUAUUCUGCUAAAGACUACUAACAUUAUUUUAAAUAUCUUAAUAAUAAUAAUAAUAAAUAAUUAUGGUAGGAAACCCGUUUCCCGUAAGGAAACAUGUUUCUAACAUAUGUAAACUAAUGAAACGACCGAUCUAUUAGUUAACGAAAAAUGUAAGUGACCUUUCAUGCUAAUGACCCUGUCAAAUAUCGAUACCAUAUUCCAAGCCUCUAUUUUUACGGGAUUUUGGUAAGUCCUAUUUUGAAGAAGAAAAAGAAGAAAGACUGCAAUCCUUGACGAACAUGAGGUAGUAGCUUUUUUUCUUGAGAAAUAUCAAGAGAGAACAUUAAAAAGAGAGAAAAAAAAUUCAACCUAUGAGUAGGGGUGUUCAAAUGGUUACCAUGGUUAUUACCAAACCAAAUAAGGCCUAAUUUCAUUA